UCUAGUAGUAGAAGAGAUGGCGUUAAGCGUGUCAGCGCCGCUAUGCCGACCGCUGGCAGCGCUAUGCGCGCGGUUGGCGGCAGCCUCGGCACGCUUAGCACCCGCGCUGGCCGCCCGAUUACGCGCGCGCCUGGCUAAUGACGUCGACCAGUACAUCUUCGAGGAGGUGGUACUAGAAAGGUGGUUCAACACUGGAGGCACGUUGCAGUUUACUCACGACGUUAAGAGGAAUCUCGUGCCAGCUUUUGCGCCGCCUAACAAAAGCGCGUCGCACUGCAACCACUUGCCAAAACUCCUCGACGCAUGCAAACUCCUCAAUAUGGAUUACGACGAUGCGCGUCGCCUUAAAAACAACUUGUCCAAACACACUCAAAUCGGAGCCGAGAGUUUGAAUAACCAAGGCAUACACAAUAUACAGCUUAACGAAGCGAAACAGAUUCUCAGCCAAAGGACUGAUCUAUGUGACCCGACGGCGCCGAGCGUGGUCAUGGAAAUGUUCUGAAGUUUCGAAGGGGGCGGCUUCUAAAUUCGGUCUCUAAGCAAAAGUUAAGGAGCGCUGAGUUCAGGUGAGCGUAGAUAGAAUGUUGGAAUAGUGAAUGUAGUUAGACGACUUUUGAAUAACGGUGACAUUUUUAAAACAAAUGCUGCCACAUGUGCCUUCACUCUGCAGCAGAAAUGAUUUACUUUUUUGUUAUCCAUAACAAAAUAGCGACAAAUCUAAAUCAAUGAUCAAAAUAUUCAUAAGCGGAUAUUUCGCAUAUUAAAUGAAUUGAAAAAAAAAAAAUAUUAUUGGGAUUUAAAAAUGUGCGUUUUAUACAUUCCAUGAAAAGUUGUCUGCUAUAUUAAAAUUGAAAUGACUGAAUUGAACAUCGGUGCUCCAAAGACUUGUCUAUGGUAAGGAUUGCCUUAUCUAUGGCUACCUUAUUGUGACUUAGAAGACCCAAUUUGGAUAAGACCUCCUCCUUCGUAACCAUAUUUAUAAGAUUUUACUCUUUAUGAUAUUUAUUACAUGUAAGUACAUAAUUGUAUGUAAUAUAAUUAUAUACAUUUUAUAUUUUUUUAUCGUUUUGUUUAUUAUUUAUGAUUUUUUGUUUCACGUUUUUUAAAAUAAAAGUUUUUUUUUCGUUAUAAAAGUUUUUAUUUAACAAAUUACAUUUUAUAAUAAAAAAUAUGUAACUUAUUUAUAAGAAAACAUAACUAUAAUCGUCAUCAUAGCCGUGUAAUCAUCAAUUUAAUCGUACUAAAUGUCUAUACACUAUCAGUAUUAUAUUAUAAAGAUUAGGAAAAUUAAUGUUCCACACUCAAUCUACAUAGCAAAUUCAGUGUUACCAGUAUCAAAAUAUUACUUAAAAUCAUUCAAAUGGCACUAGUGCAUAUUGAAAUGAAGUGUAUUCGCAAAAUACUUACAAAUAAAAUUGUUCACAGCC